AUGUCGUCAAGCAAGCAAAGAGUGCAACAGGCUAGGAACCCCACGCUACCUUCAAAGACGACACCUGAGCAAAGGUACUGGAGAGAUUAUACUAAUCCACAACUUAUAAAAGAAAAUCAUCCCAUUACACAUAUUCAUUUUAAUCCUGUGGUUCCACAUGAUUUUGCUGUUACAUCGUCCACAAGAAUCCAAAUCUUUUCAUCAAAGACAAGACAAGUAACAAAGACCCUUUCGAGAUUCAAAGAUACAGUUUAUACAGGCGAAUUUAGAUAUGAUGGUAAAUUACUUGUUGCAGCAGAUGCUACUGGUUUAGUUUCAAUUUUCGACAGCUAUCAACCUAGAAGCUUUCUAGUCGGCUUGAACCCUUCGACGCAUCCAUCCCAUGUUGCAAAAUUUCAUCCAACUAUUGGAAAUCAAUUAAUUACGGGUUCAGACGAUAGAAACUUAAGAAUGUACGACAUUUCACAAACUACCAAAGGUCCUAUAGUUGAAUUUGAUGAAAGCUAUCACACAGAUUAUAUAAGAAGUGCAAGCUUUAUCCCAGGUAAUCCCAAUCUUGUAUCUACCGGAUGCUAUGAUGGUAUAGUGAGGGUAUUUGAUUUCAGACAAAAACAAAUGAUUGCUCAAUUUGACCAAGAAAAUCCGGUUGAAGAUGUUUUGGCAAUAUCUCCUACAACUCUAGUAAGCGUAGGAGGUCCAAAAGUUAAGAUUUGGGAUUUGUCUAGAGGUGCAGAAAUUCAUGAGCUUAAUAAUUUUACUAAAACUGUAACCACUUUGCAUAAUAGCGGUGACAGAGGUCUUUUGGUUGGCUCCUUAGAUGGCCACGUUAAAGUAUUUGAUUAUUCAACCUCAAAUUGGGAUGUCAAAUUUGGAUGGAGAUUUGGUAGUGGUGGCGUCUUAAGUUGUGCCGUUUCACCAUUGCCGUCACAUCAGCAUUUCGUAACUGGUCUAACUUCUGGAUUGAUAUCAAUAAGGACAAGGAAAACAGGUUCAAAAGUUGAACAGGGUAUUAAACAGAUGAAAUCAAAUGCCUUCAGUAGAAUGAUGAGAGGAUCAGAUUAUUUGGGAGAGGAAGAGCAUAAUGUAGUAUUUUCGUCGACUACACAAACAAAAAAAUUAAAACAGUAUGAGAAGCAUUUGAAUGCAUUUAGAUGGGCAGAUGCGUUGGAUAGUGCAUUUGCUACAGGUCUUCCGAAGGAGCUGACUCUUACAGUUCUAAAUGAAUUAAAAGCUAGAGGAAAAGUUAGAAUAUCAUUAUAUGGUCGUGAUGAAAUCUCUUUAGCUCCAAUAUUACAGUGGCUUACAAAGAACUUAGAGGACGUGAGGUCUUUUAACUUAAUAUGCGAUUUCUUGGGUGCUAUACUUGAAAUGUAUGGCUAUUUGAUCGACAAGAGUGUUGUUCUUGAAGAAUGCUAUGAAAAACUUAAAACCAGGAUAAACAAUGAAGUAAGAAAAUGUAAGGAGGCUAAUGAGAUUAGUGGUAUGCUAGAGCUUUUGACUUUAUGA